GAAAUGUAUUAAAAUUUUAUUAAAUACAAAUAUAUAAAAUUAUAUACUGUAUAUAUAUAAUGUAUGUAUCAAAAUAUACAUUUAUCAAAUUUAAAAACUUCUAAUGAAUAUAAAUGUUUUUAAUAAAACAAAAGUUUAAUAAUCAAAAAUAUAGGUUAUGUUAUAUUAUUAUGUUUUAUAUACUCGUAAAUAGGAAAAUCUAAUUUUACAAUAAAAAAAAUAUAAUUUAAGAUAAAAUUUUAAAAUCUCCAUAUUAAUAAUAAUAAAAAAACAUGAUUUUUGAAUAAAAAAACAUCAUGUGGAAUAAUAUAAAAAUAAAUAACGAUACUUAUAUGAUUUCUAUUACAUAUAAAAAUGAUACAAUCAAAGUUUUUUUAACUAAUCUUAUUGAAAUAUGGAUAGAAACAUUAACAAAAGAAAUUAUUUUAGACAGAUGUCGGAAAUUAAAUCCACUUUUAAAUGUUGAAGCUAUUGAUUACAAUGAUAUUAUAUUGAACAUUUUAAGUAAUAUGUCAAAAUAUAUUGUGGAAGCAUCUAUAGAACAUAUAAAAUUACGAGCUCAAAUAGAUGGUGGUUUAAUGAAAUUUUAUAUAAAUUUAGAAAAAGGCACAUCUCAAGAUUUUUGGGAAAUUAUAACUAAACCUUUAUAUAUAUCAUCAAUGGAAAUUAUUCGUCAGCAUAAAAUUCUUUUAGAUUUAAUAAAAAAAAAGGAUGAAGAAAUUGCAGAAUAUAAAGCAGAAGGCGCUGAGUUAAUAAGAAAGAAUAUUGAAACAAAAUUUUUUACGGAGGAACAAUUUAAAAUAGAUAUUCCUAUACCAAAUAUUACUGAUUAUACAAAUACAUUCCAAAGAAUGAUGAGUUUUUAUAAUGAACUGAAUUUCUAUAAUAUAACAUUUAAAGAAUCAACAAGCAAUGAUCAUAAUAAAAUACAGCAAACAGAAAUAUUGAAACAAAAUUUAACAAGUUCAAUUCAAAAUGACAUUCCUAAUGAUAAUAAAAAUAUAUCUAAUAUUGAGGAUAUGAAAAGAAAUAUAGCAAAUAGCUUUUCAGAAAAUAAAAAGAAAAGUAAAAAUAUAACUAAUAAAAAAGUAAUUAAUAAAAUUGGAACUGCAAAUUUGACAUAUAGACCUGUCAAAAUAUUAAAAAAAGAACUUGAACAUCUACCUGAAAUGUUACCUAGACGAGGAAACAAUAAAAUAAAAAGAAAAAGAUGUCGACAAUGCACUGCUAAUGGUUUACGAAAAGAAACUAAUUAUUUCUGUCCUGGCUGUAAAGAUAAUCCUGGUUUAUGUUUAGGAAAAUGUUUUAAAGAAUAUCAUAAAUUUAUAUGAUAUUUAAUAUUGUGUAUAUGUCAAUUUUUUAGAUUUUAUUCAUUAUUUUAACUUUUGCAUAUAUUU